AUGAUAUUCGUUUUUGCCGACUUUGACAGUGAUGUUUUCCGCAACUUCGUUGACAUCCGCCCUGAAGCAUCAGUUAUUGGGACAGCCUUGAUUAGAAGCCGAAUUCAGCGUAACUUGUAUCUGCCUCGUGUCAAACCAAAACGUGCUCUAUACUGUGAUAUGUUACGGAACAUCAAUGUCGUUAUCGGUUAUGGUGAAGAAGAUGAACGAAUCUUGUGGGGAAAAUUAGUUCGUUAUAUGGGUGGUCACGUGAAGAAAGAGCCAGACGGUGACUCCACCUUCUUAGUCACUAAACAUGCCAGAGGAAGAGCAUUCAGGAUGCUUGUUUCACUUGGGCAGAAAGUUCUUCUGCCAUCGUGGCUUAUGGACUGUUGGAGCAACCGCGACAAUUUGACUUUUAAUCCAACGGAAAAUACACUGCUCCUCAAACAUCGCAUUGGUGUGUUUGAGUCACUAAAAAUUUGCAUUGUUGGAUUUGAAGAUGACUACGCCGAUGAUAUAAGAAGCAAUAUUUCUAAUUUCAGGGGAACGAUUGUGGAGGAUCCAGCGCUUGCUACGCAUGUCGUUGUAAAUGGUGCAUACGAUGUCUCUGAACUAUCUCUUGCCCAUAGUCAACGCAUAGUUACCGCCGAAUGGGUAUGGACCAGCAUCAGUAUACAGUAUUGUGCUAAUGAAGAUGCAUAUACACCUGCAAUGAAAAAUUUCCAUCUUUUCACACCAGGAGCAGCUGCGAGCCGAUGUUGUGUCUUGUCGACGGCUACAAAUCGUUUAUGCAAAUUAAAAGGUACCUUAAAAUUAUUUUUAGUCUUACUUUUAGUUACUUUUUAA